GGGGGGGCGGGCCUCCAGGGCAAGUACUUCCACCCAGAGGAAGAGGGGCGUCCUUACAGUCGAACAGCUCCUCCCAUGGUCCGGCCCACUCCGGGGGGCACCUCAGCGGGAGUGCUGCGGGGACCCCGGAGGUUGAAACCUAAACAUGGGGAAGAGCUGCAAGGUGGUCGUGUGCGGCCAGGCCUCUGUGGGCAAAACUUCCAUUCUUGAGCAGCUCCUGUACGGGAACCAUGUUGUGGGUUCUGAGAUGAUUGAGACCCAAGAAGACAUCUAUGUAGGCUCCAUUGAGACAGACCGAGGAGUGCGGGAGCAAGUGCGUUUCUAUGAUACUCGGGGUCUCCGAGAUGGGGCCGAGCUGCCCAGGCACUGCUUCUCCUGCACCGAUGGCUACGUCCUGGUCUACAGCACAGACAGCCGAGAAUCGUUUCAGCGCGUUGAGCUGCUCAAGAAGGAAAUCGACAAGUCCAAGGACAAGAAGGAGGUUACCAUCGUGGUCCUUGGCAACAAGUGUGACCUGCAGGAGCAGCGUCGUGUAGACCCAGAUGUGGCACAGCAUUGGGCCAAGUCAGAGAAGGUGAAACUGUGGGAGGUGUCAGUGGCCGACCGCCGUUCCCUCCUGGAGCCUUUCAUCUACCUGGCCAGCAAGAUGACCCAGCCCCAGAGCAAGUCUGCCUUCCCUCUGAGCCGCAAGAACAAGGGCAGUGGUUCCCUGGAUGGCUGAAGAGCUUCCCUUCUGUCUUCACCAUUCCAACCCCAUUCCAGGAUGGGUUGAGGGCACAGGGGUUCAGAAGCAAGCUGUUCUUCCAAUCAGUAAGGGAACGACCCUCUAGGCCAGGAAGCUGGGCUGGCCCAGGCCAAUGCCACUUUUGUCCCCUCUUAACUCCAAGAAGUGCAAGUGAACUUGA